UUCUGUUGCAGCCUAACAUAUUUCUAUCGUAAUCUAGUCCGUUCGUACGUUCUGUUGACUAUUUGAACACCUCUACUCUAUCACCAACGCUUCUCGUCUGGCAUGUUGCCGACUAAUCUUGUUAUUCAAUCGAUGCAGGGACAACCCUGCUCCAGACCGUCCCGGCGAGUUUCACGUUCGCAUUCCUAUGAUCAACCUCCAAACAGCGUCAACAUUGUGUCACGGCGCCAAGGCUCUUCAUCCUUCCCCAUCCACGACCGCUUACCCUCAGAUGCAUCACAUACAUCGUGGUCGUCUGACCACCCUGUCUCCUCGGUACCGACUCUCUCUCCCACAUCGACUUACAGCACGUUGUCUUGGUCUGGAAGUUCUCGCACCCAAGAACGACUAUCACCCAUAACCCCCGAACUCUUUUACUCGCCGUCGACCACUAUCGCAUCUCCUGAGGUGACACCUAUUACCGCAUUCCUUUCCGAAUUCUAUGAACCAGAUUCAAAAUCGGGCAGCGGUACUCGCACGCUGGUCCAUUUAUCUCGAGGCGAUCCUCGACGACUGGAUCUCUUCGGAGAGAGAGACAGGAAUGGUAUGAAAAAUGCAAUACUCACGGAAUCUCCAGUCAGUUACCUGGCUGAUGGGGCUAAUCCGCCUCUUCCCGACGAUAUACACCUGAUAGAGACACCAACACCAAUACCAUUGAGCGCGGCAAGCUGUGCGCAUGGUCAGGGUUCAGGACAUGAAGUUGACGUUCGCAAGUCUCGUCGCUUUUGCCGGGACUUUGGAGAGCCUGUCCCAUCAAAGGACCCCAUCUAUGACGAAUUUCCCACACAUCUUGCAAAGGACUUGCCGACAACACCUUUGUCUUCCUCUCCCCCAUCUCCGCUGAGUCAUGACCUCCUACCCCCACCUUCACGUUCAGAGGUCUGUAACCUUUUCUCUGAGGACGAAACUACUGCCGUUAGGGAAUUUUUGAGGAUAUGGGGUUCAAACAAGAGGGUGAAGAAAUCUUCAUCGAAGCUGCAGGUGAUUGAAGAUGAAGCCCCAGGUACUCAGGGUGAUGAUGAUUAUUCAUGGGAGGCCGCAGAAGUUGAGGACGAUGUUGGAGAUUCCGCGUCUUGCAGCAUGCUUCUUCACGAAGUUAGCGAGAUGGUGGGCAUCUCGCUUGAAACAUCGAUGGUGGAAGGCCAGUCCUCGAUCGCAUCCACACCUCCAGGGCUUGAUACACUGGGUCGAUUGAUCCAGGAUAGUCAUGAGAGUUCACAAAUCCUAGGCCUACGUUCGUCUUAUCAGUCUGCCCCCCCAGACGGUGCCAACGUGUGCGACAGGACUUCGACGAGUUCCUGUCACCGUAUGGAUCCCCUUGACGUCGCACCUCGACAUUCAGUAACCUCCAGUUUAGUCCUGGGCAGCAAUCCUUCCAUUCGUGAAUAUGCAGUAGCUGCCAAGCCGGUGGAUGUACCUGUCAUCGUAGCGCUUACCUCAAAUGAAGCCUAUUCGGCGAAUUCCUGCGACGGCUUGGUUCCGGACCGACAACUAAGCCUUCGCAGGUCCAGGUCUACCGAUGGCAACCUAAGGCGCCGCGGACAGAUCUUCAACGUGGAGAAACAAGUCAUGGGUGCUGUGCCUAGUGGCGUGGUUGAUUCAUGCACGUCCUAUAUACCUACGAGAGAUGCGCCGCCGCUUCCACCUCUACCACCUCCCUCCGGAUCUGUGAGACCUGUUUCGGCACUCGACAGGCUUGAGUCUAGCUUGUCAAGGCUCAAGGCGCACAAUUCGCAGUCGCGGAAGUCCAGUAAAGCUAAUGUGCCUUCAGAAAACCGAAGACCAUCUCCAUUCACUACCUCACGAGAGCGCAAGCAUCACUCCAGCGUCGCCGCUCGUCUUCCGGACUCUCGUUCUGGACACGGACGUCACUUCUCGAGCCCCAUGGCCGAUGUGACAGCUCAUCGGAACCAUCGUAAGCCGCCUCGGGUUGAAACUGAUCCCAUCAAUGCGCGCCUGAAGGAGCGCGAUGCAAAGCUAUAUCCGUACUCGGAGAACCCAGAGUCGGCUAUAAGAUCAUUCAUGGAAAUGGAUGUGGUACCACCCCCGCCUCCCCCUCCUCGGACAUCGAGAUUGGGGAGAGUUGCUGCCAGAUUGAGCCGGGGUAUAACGAAUUGGGGAAGGAAUAUCGGAUCUAAGGGCAAGGAAUCUUCAUAGGGCUCGGUGUAUACUGAUUUGUAGCCAUUGUGCGUGUGCGUUCUUUCGAUUUGUCCUACGACUUUUACAUUGUAUGGCAAGAUCUGGUAGCUAUGUAUCUAAUGUGUAUUUAGCUUUGUAACGUCCCCGAUAUCCUAAUACUUUGACACGGAUUACAAAUCUGAUU